GACAUCAAGCCGUGGACCCCAGUUCCAUUACGCCUGUGGUUCUGGGUUCCGCUUGGGCUCAUCAUGGCCUUGGGCAGCGUCGCAUUGGAAAUAGCAUUGCAAUUUAGCCAGAAAAACCAUGACCUCGAGGUCCGGAAGCUGCAGCCGUACGUCGAACUAGCGCGGGGUAAUGCGCCACCUACGCCCCCUGUAUGGAUCAUCGCAGCGCGCAACCGACAUUGGCCCGUCGUCGUCGGCUCGCUCCUAGUUCUACUUACGUUCUCGUUCCAUCCGUUGGCUACCGCGCUGUUCAACGUGCAGGAUAUUGAUAUGAUACAACACGCCAUGUGGGACAAUGCGACGAACAUGGGCAUGCUUAGCCUCAAUAACGACCAAAACUUCCAGGACCUCACCUGUGCGCGCCCCGCGCUAAUCCUUUUGACCGCCGCCGGCUAUGCCUCUGCCAGUGUCCUGUACAACAUAAGCUACCCGCCCUUCGUGUACGACGGCUACACAAUUGCGCCUCUCAACCUUCCCUACAUCGCGAACGGCACACUGUUUGUGAACACGACAGCGGUACUGAGCCACCCGACGUGCAUGAAUGCUGAUUUUGGAUCUCUGAACAUGACACAAUGGGAGAAUCAGAACGGAUGGAACAAUAGCGCGACCUUCCGUGGAUGCGAAUUCUCUUGGUCGGUUGACAAGUCUUCUACGAAUCUGUUUGGCGUCGACCCUGUCGCAAACACCUCUCAGUGCUCCGUCUUCACCUCCGUGCUGGAAUCCUUCCGGCCCGUUAUCUGCUGGUUCUUCACGUACCAGCCGACCCCGAUGACCUCGCUAACGAUCUACACUGAUGCGCAGACGCUCGGCGAGCUCGGGUCGGGCAAUGGCACGGACAAGGCGCUCGCGCAGUACGCGGGCAUAAUCACUGCCGCGUACAACGGCAUGUUCUUCGACGUCGAUCUCUCGGACCUGUUCGCCGCGGCGAUGUCCGGGCUUACGGCGGCCUUUGAGAACGACCAGUUUGCCGGGCUCGCGGAGCAGAUAUACCGGCUCUUCCUGAGCCCCGUCGCGACACACUUGCUCGCGGCGGCACUGUUCGUGCUCGCCGCAGUCGGCACGCUCCUGCAGCUCUGGCACCGGCGCGAGCGGCGCGCCCUACACCUCUCGCACGCGCCGGGCACGAUCGCUUUGGCCGUGUCACUCGGCGGGCAGACGGACGUCGGGAGCGUGCUCGCGGGGCGCCAGGGCGACGAGGAAGUGAAAGCGCGGACGAUGAAGAUUGUCAUGGAGGGCGAGGAGGGGUACGAUCAGGCGGUGACUCCGGGGCCAGCGCACUUGACGUUUGGGGAUACGAGUGGACCCGGCGUUUGAUGACUUCCGUGUACGACGUCUGCUGAAGCUAUUUGUAUGAACAGCUGCAUUUCCUAGUAUGUAUCUAACCUGAGUACUGAGUAAUCACAUCACCCUCAACUGGUCCAGAUAUGGCGCCUAAAAAUU